UUGAAACCGCUCCAACAUGCAUAGAUCAGAUAGUGACUAUAGGUCUUACGCACCCUCGUACGCAACCUCGUUGAGAAAUUAUUCGCUGAGCGUUUCCCGAGGGAACAGAUCCAUCCUUCUACCGGUACAAGAGUUAGCCGAGCCUAUGGUGAUCGUCCCGCCCGAUGGAGGUUGGGGCUGGAUAGUUGUAGCAGCCAGUUUAAUUAUAAUGUUUUGCGCCGAUGGUAUACAGUAUUGUUUCGCGCUAUUUCUCGACGAUAUCAGCAAGGAUCUGAAUGAAGAUUUAACGCAAGUUGCGCUCGUUGCAUCGCUGGUGGGUGGAUUUUAUUAUCUAUCAGGUCCCAUAACAUGUUCCUCAGUAAACAGAUUCGGCUUUCAAAAAAUAACUUUCUUAGGCGGUUUGUUAUCCUGCAUAGCUUUCUGCGCAGCUUCUUACGCAAAAUCGCUAGUCGCCUUACUAGUAGUUCUAGGAAUACUAGGCGGCACAGCUUUCAACUUAAUGUACACACCCUCUCUAAUAGCCAUAGGGUUUUAUUUUGAACACUGGAGAGCUUUGGCAAUGGCCAUCACAUGCUGCGGCAGUUCUUUGGGAGUCACAUGCUUUCCAGUCAUCGUACAAGCUCUCCAACAUUUAACUUGGAGAACCAAGUUCCGGUAUUUUUCCGGGAUGUUUGUUAUAUGCGGACUGUUGGGUUGGACUUUUAGGCCGCUCAAAGCUACCAAAGUCGACAGGUUUGUGCAGUUUGGAGAAGUUGAAGAAAUUGAAUCUAAAUUGGUUGAGGAUGAUAAUGAAAUGACUGGAAUAGUAGCGUUUUUUCGGCGUUUUAAAAACGCCCUGUUUCCCACAAUAUCCGAAGCAAGUUUGCUUCCAGAGACAAUGAUGAGAGGUAGUGUUGCUAGCAGUGUUGUUUACAGCCUAUAUAUGCAAAGAGAUGUUGAUGACACAUUGUCAACGUUCUUGCGUGCAGACGAAAAUGACCCGAGUGACAAAAGCGAGAAUAUGACAGAGGAUAAUAGAUCGCGUCGGCAAUCUGAAGCGCCCAGAGAAAUAGUGCAGAGAAACAUUAGGAAAUCGUUCAAUGAACGUUUCACUGGUUGCUGUGAAACAUUCAAUAAUUAUAGUUGUAGUCCUUGUUGCACUCGGGCUCGUGACGCCUCGGUCUCUGUAAACAACUUGCACGUGAAUAGGCCUUUAUACAGAGACGAUAUUUUUUAUACUGGCUCCAUAGUUUCUGCAGCUACACUGAGGAAUUCACGAUUUGGAUCGAGACAAACUGCCGCUACAUCAAGAGGUUAUCCAUCUUUGGCAUAUACUUUAUCGGUUACUAGAGCAGCAACUCAAAGAGAUUUACAACAACAAGGCCGCUGCGUAAUUUGUCCAGACGCUGUUAUUAGAGUUUUAGUAACGAUGCUAGACUUUCACAUGCUCAAAUCUCCGGCUUUUGUAUUGUUACUUGUGAGUGGUUAUUUGUCGCUGAUGGGCACUUAUCUAGUUUUUACGUACAUACCGUCCUAUGGUCGGGAGAAAGGUCUGGAUCCACAAUUCAACGGAAUACUAAUUUCGGUUAUUGGUAUUCCGAAUACGGUGGGAAGAGCCGCUUGUGGUAUUAUGUCGUGCUUUCCAGCUUUGGACACCCAUGUUACAUGUUGGGUAUGCAUAAGUAUUAGCGGUAUAUCUGUGAUAGCUUCGUAUUUUCUAUCUACCCCUAUACAAUUUUCAAUAGCGUAUGGACUAUUUGGAUUUACAAUUGCUACCUUUGCUGUACUGAGAGCUGUAGCAUUUGCCGAAUUAUUCGGUCUAGAAAACUUGACGAAUUGCUUCGGAUGGAAUAUGAUUUUCCAGUCUUUAGCGGCCUUUUCGGCAACUCCUGUAGGCAAUUUGAUUUAUUACAAAACGGGCCAGUUUUCUUAUGUAAUCCUGUUUACUGGCAUAAUCUUACUUAUAAGCGGUUUAAUUAUAAUUCCCAUAGAACGCUUGCUUAGAUGGGAGAAAAACCGGAGAAGAUAA